AUCAACACGUGUUACUGAAGUGAACACAGUCUCACAAACAGUCAAACACUAUUAACGUGGUUAAAUCUUGCCACCGUACAAACGGAAUGGCAUGUUCCAAAGAGACGUUUAUUAACCGUGGCGUCAAAAUUUGUCCUAGUUUGGAAACACAGGGUCGUGGAUUGUUUACAACUCGUAGUUUCAAGAAUGGGGAAACGAUAAUCGAAGAGCAGCCUCUUUUCUCCUGUCAAUUCUCAUGGAAUUAUGCAUAUGGCUAUUCUGCAUGUGAUUUCUGCAUGAGGCCUCUUGAAACAGCUGAAGAAAAUGCACGACGCCUUACAGCCAAGGCUGAUUUGAUACUUCCACAUCCAGAGUGUGAUAGCACUGAUAAGUCCUCACAUGUUAUAUGUUCUCAGUGUGCUGUAACCUAUUGCAGUGUUGAUUGCAAAGAUCAAGCUUGGAAGCAAUACCACAAAACAAUCUGUUGCAACAUGUUUGGAGGAAAUCCUAACCAUCCAUUGGAAAAAUUAAAUGAAGCAUGGAAGAAAAUGCAUUAUCCUCCUGAAACCUCCACAAUCAUGUUAUUAGUGAGAAUCCUUGCUAAUUUCAUUCAGAGAACAGACAGAGAAGAGCUUAAAAGUCAACUGAUGUCACUGUGCCAUCACACUGUCAAUGAAGAAGAAACUAUUGCCCACAAGCUGUUGGGGCAAGAGUUCGAAAGUCAAUUAGAGCUCCUUCGAGAUUUAUGCACUAAGGCUCUUGGAAUGCCGGAAACCAAUGAGUUUCUGACUCCCCAAGGCUUCCGCUCCUUAAUUGCUCUGAUAGGACGAAAUGGACAAGGCAUAGGAACUAGCGCAUUUAGCGUUUGGGUUCGAAAAGUUUCUGAAAAUGACAUUGAUCCUGCAACUGAUGCAUUGAUUGACACCAUUUAUCAAGAAAUGGAAACUGAAUCUGGUGAUUUUCUCAACAAUGAGGGAUCGGCUUUAUUUGCGAUUCAGAGCGCGUGUAACCACAGUUGUGAACCGAACUGUAUUUCGACUUUUCCGUUUUCUAAUCAUACUGUAGCUUUAGUAGCAUCAAAAGACUUGGAAGAAGGCGAAGAAAUAUUUAUCAGUUAUCUUGAUGAAUGCGCCCAGUCGAGAAGUCGACAUUCAAGAAGAAAAAUUUUGAAAGAGAACUAUUUGUUUCACUGUAAUUGUAGUCGAUGCCAACUCGAAGCUGAUGAACCAGAUAUGACUAGCGAAGAUGAAGAAAGCAUGGAAGAUGAUUAAGGUACAAUGCUAAAUAUUGUAUGUAAUCACUUUUCAAUACAUUCAAUUGCUACGCA